GGCAAGUGAUCGGGAAUGGAACACGCAGGCGACUCUUGCCCGAUUCAGGAAGACUCAUUCUAACUUGGGGAAUCCGCCUGUAGCCUCGCCUUUCCCUAAAGGCUGUCUGGUGGACUGCUGCUGGCAAGGGGUCGCGUCGAACGUUCUUUACCAAAAAUAUUUUAGGAGUCUGGGGGUCCCUCAGGAACUCAUGCUGGGUUGAGAGACAAUAGCAGGUGAAGCGGCGCCUUUUUCCUCGUGAGGCGGAGGACGGCACAGAGGGAAGAAGCGGUGGGGGCAGAAUGAAAUGGCAGUUUGUCAUUCUCCGCAAAGUAAAUAUACCACUGGGAACAUAGAGGACUACAAUUCCCAAAACCCCAUGCGGCAGAGCGAAGAACGUGCUGGUUUCUUCCCCCCCCCUUUCAGUUCUUCCGGCACCGUGUAUGCUCUGUCUCUAUUGGGCAACGGCAGGAGCGCGGACAGGCCAAUGCGCCUUCGAGAUACAGGCAGGACGGUGAAGCUAACUUGACUAUUGGCGGCUCGCGUCUUCUGAAGGGAGAAGGGAGCACGCGCUAGACGGGCUCUCGCCGCCAGUGGUCCUGCUGGGCGUUCGUAUGGGCAAGAAGAGAGCCAUGGAACGGGAAGAAGGCGAGUUGGAGUCUUCUGUCUACUGCAACACUUCAUCCUUGGAGCAGCAGGAGGAAGAGGAGGAAGAGGAUGAUGACUUGGAUCUCUUUGGGGGCUAUGAUAGUUUCCGGAAUUACAGCAGCAGUGGGGACAGUGGCAGCACUUCAUGCCUGGAAGACUCUAGUGAAAAUGAAGAAGCAGAUCGAGAAGCUGGGGAACUGCCUGCGUCCCCUUCAAAAACCCAAACACCUACCGGCCGAUUGCCAGGUGAUAACGGAUCUGAGCCAGCUGUCUGUGAGAUGUGUGGGAUUGUGGGCACAAAAGAUGCCUUCUUCUCCAAGACCAAACGUUUCUGCAGUGUCUCCUGCUCCAGAAGCUACUCUUCAAAUUCCAAGAAGGCCAGCAUUCUAGCAAGGCUGCAGGGAAAACCACCUACAAAAAAAGCCAAAGUCUUGCACAAGGCAGCCUGGUCUGCUAAAAUCGGGGCGUUUCUCCAUACGCAGGGGACAGGGCAACUGGCAGAUGGAACACCAACUGGCCAGGAUGCUCUCAUCGUAGGCUUUGACUGGGGAGCAUAUCUGCAGGACCAUGGAUGCAAGGCUGCACCUGUUAGUAGUUUCAAACAUGUGCCCCUUUAUGAUCAAUGGGAAGAUGUGAUAAAAGGGAUGAAGGUGGAAGUGUUGAAUGGUGAUGCUGUGCUUCCCAGUUGUGUGUAUUGGAUUGCCUCUGUUGUUAAGAUUGCAGGCUACAAGGCACUGUUACGUUAUGAAGGCUUUGAGAGUGACUCCAGCAAUGACUUUUGGGUCAACUUGGGUACUGUGGAUGUCCACCCUAUUGGCUGGUGUGCUGUUAACAGCAAAAUCCUGGUGCCUCCCCAGACUAUCCAUUCCAAGUACACCAACUGGAGAGGGUACCUCAUGAAGAAGCUUGUGGGAGCCAGGACCAUCCCAGUGAAUUUCCAUAUAAAGAUGACUGACAACAUGAAGUAUCCUUUCCGCCAAGGCAUGAGAUUGGAAGUGGUGGACAAGACUCAGAUUUAUCGGACACGUGUGGCUAUAGUCGACACUGUGAUUGGUGGCCGUCUGAGGCUUCUUUAUGAGGAUGGGGACAGCAUUGAUGAUUUCUGGUGUCACAUGUGGAGUCCCCUAAUCCACCCUGUGGGCUGGUCUAGAAGGGUUGGACAUAGCAUAAAGAAAACAGAAAAGUCAAAUGAUAUGGCAAACCACCCUACCUUCCGGAAGAUCUACUGCGAUGCUGUUCCUUAUCUCUUCAAGAAGGUGCGUGCUGUCUACCCAGAGGGUGGUUGGUUUGAAGAGGACAUGAAGCUGGAAGCCAUUGACCCUUUGAACAUGGGCAACAUUUGUGUGGCUACUGUUCGUAAGGUCCUUUUAGAUGGCUAUCUCAUGAUUGGCAUUGAUGGGACAGCCUCUGACGAUGGUUCUGAUUGGUUCUGCUACCAUGCUUCUUUGCACUCAAUUUUCCCUGCCAGUUUCUGCAAGAAGAACAACAUUGAGCUGACAAUUCCAAAAGGGUAUGAUGCCAAGACCUUCAGUUGGGCAAGUUACCUAGAAAAGACCAAGUCAAAGGCUGCACCGGCACGUCUGUUCAAUAUGGAUUGCCCAAACCAUGGUUUCAAGGUGGGUGCCAGGCUAGAAGCGGUAGACUUGAUGGAGCCCAGGCUUAUCUGUGUGGCCACCGUGAAGCGAGUGGUCCAUCGACUCCUCAGAAUACACUUUGAUGGCUGGGACAGCGAAUAUGACCAGUGGGUGGACUGUGAGUCCCCAGAUAUCUAUCCUGUGGGUUGGUGCGAGCUGAUAGGCUACCAGUUGCAGCCACCUGUGGUUCCAGUUUCUGAUUAUAGAUCUGUUUCCUUGGUGUCAGAGCCUCUGUCACCUGAGCCAGCUAAGGAGGUGCCAAAGAAAAAGCGAAAACCGUAUGGAAAGAAAAGAAAAAAGAUGAGCGCUAAAGCCCGUUCCAUCAAGCAAGCUGCCAAGAAAAUGGCUGCCCCAAAAGCAAAGGAGAAUACCCAAGCUGCCAAGAAAAUGGCUGCCCCAAAAGCAAAGGAGGGCACGCGGACUGAAAGCAAGGCCUCACUGAAACCAGCUUCUGAUGAAACAGUUCUUGCUGUGGAGGUGAAAGAAGAAAUUCUUGAUGAUGCAGCAAUGGAACUUGAAGCCCCACCGCCUCCAGUGCCAAUCAGCUCCUUAAAGGAUGAGGACAUGGAAUUGGAAGGCCCACUGAGUCCUGUGCUGACCAGUUGCUUAAAAGAUGAGGACAUGGUGCCAGAAACUCCAGCAAGCCCUGUAUUGAUCAGUUGCUUAAAGGAUGAAGAUGUGGACUGAAUCUUCAUGCAGCAAAAAGAUUCAGUUACUCUUGUGCAGAAGUCCUUGAGGAAACAAGUGAAUCACUGACCUCAUUUGGGGGGUUGGACCAUAUGUUACAAAGCUGUAGUUUUUUUAUAGAUGAUGGAUCACCUCAAAAACAAAGUUCUUAAAACGGAUUCAAUCAAAUUAUGUAGAAACAUAAGCCCACUAUUCCUUUGAAAACCAUUGCAAGAGUUAAGGAUGAACUUCUGCACUUCCAAGACUCUGUAAGGAGACGAGGAGCUGCUACCAGGCAUUUUAGACUUGUAUCAAUUGAGCCAGAAAAUAGAAAAGCACCAAAGAGCUAGGAACCACAGCCAUUACACAGUACUGGGAAUACGCUGCAGGUCACACCUCUGCGUCUUGAAUUGUCUUUAUGUUCCUCUGUGCUGCAUUGUCACUUCCUGUCAUUUUGGCCACAAAGGCCCAGAGGGCACAGUAUGCAUGAGAUCACAUGAGCUCAAGGCACUUUGGAGCAUCCCACUUUCCUCUGGGAGGAAAACAGUGCAUGCAGCAGAAAAUGUGGUGAAACCAUUUGCUGGAGUAGGAAUUAUACUAUGAACAGAGUAAAUCAACUCUUGACAAGGAGAAAUUUUAUUGCAAACUUUUCUAUAUGCACAAUGCAACUGCAUGUGUUCCUUAUGCCCUUUGGUUGAAUCAAACGCAAGCCAUAAGUAAAAUUUAGUAGACAGAAAAUCUUGUAUUUGGAAGAAAUUAGAGUAUCUUAUCUGCUGCAGGAAAGAUGGGUACAAAGGGGAGGGUUCCUACAGAAGCAAGUUGUGGAUUGGUUGCUUAUUUUAAAGUACGCCUGUCUGCAGAGGGAUGGCUUCGGCUUUUGUCUUCUCAGGUGGCAAUGGUUCCCAGUGUCAUAAUCCUGCUACCAAAAGUAGAAAAAUUUUCACCUUGGAAUAUGGUAGUUUGAACAGAAUUCAGGAGGUAGUAUCCAAUGUUAGUCAUACUUAGAGUAGGCCCAUUGAAAUUAGUAGACAUGAGUAACUUAGGUCCAUUCAUUUCAGUGGACCUACUCUGAGUUGGAUAACUCCCAGUGUGUUUUAUAGACACUUCACACAUUAACAGGGAGCCCAAGCCACUUAAGAGUUGUCUGCAUUUUGUUCCCACAUCACAUGCAUUUUUAAUAAAGGAAGUGUUUCCAGACACA